AUGAUAAAAAUAACGACAGAGUUGAACCAAAUUAAAAGAAAAGAAAGUAAUAUUUUAAUAUUUGGUGUUCCUGAAACUGAAAUUCAUUUGCAAGCUUAUAUUGAAAAUAUGUUUACAGCUAUAUCAAUGAAUCGAAAUCCGCAAUUAAAUGGUUUACAUGUUUCCCGUUUAGGUCUACAACCGUCAGCCAACUCAAAUAAAUGUCGUCCAAUUAAAGUUACGUUUCCGAAUAGUAAUCAAGUGACUAAUUUUUUAAAGCUAAAUCCCAAACUCAAAUCAUUAGACUGUUAUAAGAAUAUAUAUAUGAGGUCAGAUCAAACUGUUAUGCAACGUGAGUAUACUUCAAAAAUCAAAAAGGAACUUAGCGAUCGUUUGGCAGCAGAAUCUUGGCUUCGGGAUGGAGUACGCAGUAGUGAACUAUUUCCUGAAGACACCUACACAGUUUAUCGUAAAGAUCGAAGUUUUGGCAAGUUUGGAGGAGGAGUGAUUUUUGCUGUAAAUAAUAACGUGUGUCAUUCAGAACAACAUAGUGUAGUGUUUCCUAUAGAAAAAAUUGAUGUUUUAUGUGUUAAAGUUUUCAAAACCAAUAUCAAACCAAUCUUCUUUAUAACAGUUUAUAUCCCACCUAACGUGACAUUUAGUGAGUAUUCUGAUUUUUUUGACUACAUUGAAACUUUCCAUGAAACUCAUGAGAUCGUUUUGAUUGGAGAUUUUAAUUUAACAGAUCUUGCGGCAUAUUAUGUUAAUAAUAGUCAAAUAACUCCUUUAAUUAAUAGAUUUGUUCAACUAUUAAACUAUACAGAUUCUGUACAAUGUAACAAAAUAAAAAAUAUACAUGGAAAGAUAUUAGAUUUGAUUGUAACACCGUCAGUUUUUAGUUGCGAAGUUACACAUGAAGUCAAUGCCUUAGUUCCUAUUGAUUAUCAUCAUCCUGCUUUAACUUGUUAUUUUCCGUAUGAAGUCAAAGAAGAUGAAUAUUUUGUUCCGAAUCAGAAACGUCUUAAUUUUAGAAAAUAUAACGUAAAUAAAUUUAAUAAACUUUUAACCGAAAUGGACUGGAGUCAUUUAAAACAUUUUUCAGAUGUAGAUUCUGCUGUAGAUUCGUUUAGUUUGUCUCUCCAAGAAAUUAUAGAUAAAUGUGUUCCACUUAGUUCAACUAGAUCUCAAAAAUAUCCAGCAUGGUUUACAUCUGAAAUAAUCGCCAAAGUUAAACGUAAACAUCAUUAUCUGAGAAUGUAUAGACGAAGUAAAUAUUGUUUUUACCUCCAACGAGCUAAAGAUCUCAGGAGAGCUAUUAAAUUAGAAAUACAACUAGAAUAUAAAAAAUUUAUUGAAAGAUCCCAAAAUUCUUUUAAGUCAGAUGCGAGACAAUUUUGGAACUUUGUUAAUGCCAAAAAUAAUAAAUCACGGAUACCUGGUCUGAUGAAAUACGGUAGUGAUAAGUUUACCACGAGUCAAGAUAUAGUAAACGCAUUUGCAAACUUCUUUAAGAGUGUUUAUAUUUCUGAUAGUAAUAGCUCUCCUUCUGUUACAUCUUAUUUUAAUUAUAAUCCAAGUUCUUACUUUAAUAUCGGUAGAGAUGGCGGCAUAAUACCCCCAAGUGUAAAUUUAAAGUCAGAUUUUGAACAGAAUGUUGAAGAUUGCAAACAGGCUCCUUGUGUAGUGUAUACUGGCGGGAAUUGUUAUGUCGAAUUAAAUUUUACUUCACCUGGAUAUGUACCAUCUAUAUCCCCUAAGUAUAAAGCAACAGCAAUGGGAGUGACUUUAGACUAUCCUUGCGAGAAAGAUGCUUGCUCAUUAAUCACCAAUACAGUUUGCCCUCUAGUGGAAAACGAACUCGUGUCUUAUACAUGGGUAAUGGCUCUACCAAGUUUUUAUCCAGAAUGUCUUGCCGAUCUCGAAGUUUCUUUUACCAAUGACGACGAUAACUCCCUUAUUUUCUGCUUUAGAUCACAGAUCGACGUAAGAAAACCAUCUAGAUUAGCUAAAUAG